CGCCCGUCCUGCAGCAACAUCGUGUGGCGCCGCCCUCCGCCGCCUGACGUGCCUUCCUCCACGCUCCACAACACAAAGUUCUGAGUCUCGGACAGCAAUAAGAUAUCGCGGCAAGCCACUUAACGCUAAGCUUCUACAGCUGUGAGGCAAAGUCCGGCACUGUGGUGCAGGAACAAGCCAGUGACUGAAAACACACGAGGUGAAUCCUCUGAUAUGACGUGCGGUGCUUUCUCUUGACGUCUUGAAAAACUAUGAUAACUUCCAAAAUGGCAAAAAAGGACGAAAACGAGUCAGAGAGCGACAGUGUAGACUCUUCUGUGGAUAACAACAAUAAUAGCGAGUGUUCUCAAGAUGCCUCGGUGGUUCCAAGCGGAAAGUACCAACUGCGACCUCGCUCUCUGAAGGCUCGGCACAGAUGCGACCCCGACUGGAGUCUGCCCGAGCCCACUGGGCCCAAGACGCGGCCACAGCCGCUGUCCCGCUACCGCAGGAAGACAGCCAACGCACGUGAGCGGUACCGCAUGCGGCAGAUCAACACGGCCUUCGAGAGUCUGCGGGGCGUGCUGCCUUCGUGGGUGUGUCGUCGCCGCGCUGCCGCCGACAUGACCAAGAUCGCCACUCUGCGACUCGCCUCCGCCUACAUCAGGUCCCUGCAGGACAUGCUAGACGGCAACGCGCCGCAAGACACGUGUGCCUGGGUCCUCUCAGGCAUCCUGAAGGAGGACUCCAAACCCAAGGAACCCCAGGCCGCCCUGUGCCAUCCCAGCAGCGUACCUACCAAGACACCGCAGCAGGACCCCGCCCACACGCCCCAAGACCCAGACCUGGUGACUCUCCUGUGCGGUGCCGCUGACUCGGGACUCUUCCAGGACAACCUCGAGUCGUUCCAGUACCUCACGCCCUCAAAUGACGCGGACACGGUGACGCUGCUACUGCUGGGGGCUGACCCUCCUCAGUGCUGGGGGGAGGCACAGCACACGCCCCCAGUAUCAUGAUGCUGGAAUCUGGUAGCGGCCAGCGCGCCGCACCACUCCCACGCCAGGCACUACUCGCGGCGGUGACGGAAGGACGCCAGCCUGCACGGAGGAACUGCUUGGGAACUUUCAUCUCUGUGAAUUGUGUCUCACUCAAUGACAAGCUCAAAAUAUUUUUCUGCCAACAAUAUUUUGACAGCUGAGUCUACACAACAAAAUCAUAUACUUAUGAAUAACAGUCACGGUGCCAUUUUUGUAAUAACAUCAACCACUUUUAAUGAGGAUAAAAAUCCUAACAUGAACCUUCUUUCAAAGGCUGAGCUGCAGGUCACGAGCCUGAGUGGUGAGCCAGGGAGGCUGUUUACUCUGACCAUUGCAACAUGUUACUAACUUCACUUCACACACAAAUGUUACUGAUUGUUACGAUCGUAUUAACCUUAAAUUUCCAACCUUCUUGAAACUGAAACGGAUUUUUUAAAAUUCUUAUCGAUUUCGGAGAUUGCUGCAUGUGAAACGAAACUCUAAAUGAUAAGACACUCCAAUCUUCAUUGAAACAUUCACUUUGCAAUAUUAUACAAUAUUCCUUCAACAUUUCAUGUAUACUGUCAACCGUGAGUCGUCAUGAGUCAAAGUAAACACGUCACACACGUAACACAAACAUCAAGCAUUUUACUCUAGGGUGAGUAACCCCCACCCUUCCAGAGCGACAAGCAGAACACCGCCAGCUGGUGAUGUCCACGCCGACCACUGCUCAUCACCAAACACUAAACACCUCAGCCGGGAGGAAGUGUGUGCUAAACAACAAUUUCAUAUCGAACUUACGCACCUUGUUCUGUCAAUAAUUGAUGAAUAUGAUGUUUUAUGAUCUAGUCAGGAAGCCGUGCGGUGGGCGGGAACCAGGGAUGCGUGUGCAGCUUCUCAAGGACCGACCAGAGCCUAACCGAACUAGCUCAGUACACUUGGGAUGCUGAGGAGGUGUCGCAUCAGUAUUAAUUGUCAAUACAUGUACGGGCAUGAGGCAGCUGUGUCCUGUGUAUCAAAGCGGGCACAAAACUUUACGUGCAUAGAAAGAGAACCCAUUGAAGUGUAUUGAAAGUGAGGCGUACUGAGAGAUUGGGCCAUCAAUGUACUGAGCGACCUGCAGAAGAAAAUUACUGAAGGGAUCCAGAGAGAAGUAUGUUGUAGAAGAGUAUAGAGAGCUGGUCCUAAGUGUACAGAGGAGUGUGGCAAGAACACGGCGCCGCGGUGAGGGAGGGCUGUGUAUCCUGAGGUCGGGUAGCGUUAGUUGGGGUCACCUAGGAGAUUACUACUACUAUGUUAUUAAUAUUAUGACAAAGAUUAUUUAUGUUGUUACUGAAGGAAAGAAAUUGUAUAAAAUAAAUGUGGUUUUCUUU